AUGAGGGAGAUAACAGUGUCUCCUAUUGAGGGCUCAGUGUUGAUUUCCAACAUCCCCCCUGGAUGCACUCAAGUUCUUCCAGAGAGACCUAAACCUCUUCUGACUGUUCAGCCGGAACCAUCACAGAUAUUCAUUGAAGAUACUGUCACACUCACGUGUAACAUACAGGGUGAAGGUUGGACAUACACAUGGCAGUGUGGACGUAGAGAGCACACCUCUGAGGAGAAAGAGUUCAACAUCACUGCAGUGUCCAAACAGAAAUGCAGGUGUUGUGGCAAUAGACAAUCAGACACCUCUGAAUGGAGUGAUGAAGUGACUCUGACUGUGUUGUAGAGACCCAAGCCUGUAGUGCGUGUGCAGCCUGAUGGACGUGUGUUCAGAGGACAGACGGUCACUCUCACAUGUCACAUACAGGAGACAAACGUCAGCAGCUGGAUCUACAGCUGGAAUAAAGAUGAUUCACUGAUUCAUGUCAGUCAAUCACAGGAAUACCGAAUCAGUGCUGUUAAUGAAUCUCACACGGGUAAUUACAGCUGUUCUGGAAACGAGACCCGAGGAUCACGAUACUCACACACCAGUGAUAAAGUUACACUGACCGUAUCAGACAAACCCAAAUUAACUGUAAAGCCCCAGAGUUCGGUGUUCACUGGAGACACAGUUACUCUGAGCUGUCAUGUGGGACAGUUAACUGGACGAACGAUUAUCUGGUACAAAGACUUCAUGAGAAUAAAAACUGGUGAUGAAUCAGAAAUACUGAGAGAUGUGAGAGUCUCUGAUGGAGGAACAUAUGCGUGUGCUGCAAAAGAACAGAUAACAGUCAGUCAAGGACUCGUGCUGACAGUAAGAAAGAGACCCAAGCCUGUAGUGCGUGUGCAGCCUGAUGGACGUGUGUUCAGAGGACAGACGGUCACUCUCACAUGUCACAUACAGGAGACAAACGUCAGCAGCUGGAUCUACAGCUGGAAUAAAGAUGAUUCACUGAUUCAUGUCAGUCAAUCACAGGAAUACCGAAUCAGUUCUGUUAAUGAAUCUCACACGGGUAAUUACAGCUGUUCUGGAAGAGAAACACGAGGAUCACGAUACUCACACACCAGUGAUAAAGUUACACUGACCGUAUCAGGUUCAAAAACUCCAUUGCCGGUUCUCUCAGUUCUCAAACUGCUCAGUUUUCUGCUGGCAGCUUCUCCGUAUCUGCUAGUGUCCAUCAUACUGGGUGUCAAAUACUACAGAGCUCAUGAUGAGACCUCUCUCUUUACAUUUACAAGACGCUAAAGCAACUUACAUUGCAUUCAGGUUACAGUUUUACAUUUUAUCAGCUCUUGCUUUCUCUGAGAAUCAAACCCAUGACCUUGUCGUUGCUAGCACCAUGCUCUAUUAUUUGAGCUACAGGAAAGCUUUCUCUUUCGUAUAUGUUCUCCUACAGAUGGGUUUAACCUAACCUGUCAUUGUUAUCAGUAAUUUAAAUGUCACUUAUUCCAUAUUUUGUGUGUUUUGCAGUUCAGUCUGAUGAGAUCAAAUAUACUGUUACAGAGGAAUAAACGUCUACAGUCGUGAUGAAUGAAACACAAUGUUUUUCUCUUUUUCAACAUUAUUCUGUUAAAUUUAGCCUAUUUUUUUCUGAAUUAAACCAAAUAAAGGCUCAAAUGAACUCUGCCUAAACUACUGCAGCUUCCCUUUGAGGCAUCUUUUAUUUAUUUCUUCUGUUGUUGUUGUUGUUGUUGUUUUUUUUUUUUAAUAUGUUGAGGCAAAUUGUCAAAUGUUUGUCUUCAUUAUUGUUUGCUGAAAAUAUUUCAGUAUUUAAUAUGAAGCUAUUCAUGUAA